AUGGAUUUAACUUACUUGACAAAAACCAACUCAACACCCUCUCCUUCCAAGACCAAAAGAAAGCAGCAGCAGCAGCAACAACAACAGAACCAACAAGAGCAACAAGAAGUAAGGUUCUUGGGGGUAAGGAGAAGGCCAUGGGGCAGAUAUGCUGCAGAAAUAAGAGACCCUUCAACAAAAGAGAGGCAUUGGCUUGGUACUUUCGACACAGCUGAGGAGGCUGCCUUGGCUUAUGACCGUGCAGCCAGGUCCAUGCGGGGCUCCAAAGCCCGCACCAACUUUGUCUACUCAGACAUGCCUCCUUCCUCCUCUGUCACUUCCAUUAUCUCACCGGAUGAAUCGCCACAUGACAUUUCAGCCCUCUUUUCUCCUCCUCCACUACACCAUACUCAUCAAAAUGACACCAACUGCCAACACCUAUUCUCUUCUCAGGAUCAGUACCCCUUCAAUGCUUAUGCUUGUGGUAACAAUAACAGCAACUGGUUAACAAGUGGAGAAGGUUGGGUUCAAGGAUUUGGAGCUGGGCUUGGGGCUGGGACUGGAGAUGGGCCUUCUGGGUCUUAUGAGCCCAAUAAUCCUGGCAGUUUGGAUGUGGCUAUUGCGCCUAACAACUUCUCCAACAAGGACGAUAUUGAGCUCCCACCUUUGCCUCCGGAUGUCAACUCCACCCGUUAUGGGUCUGAUAUGGAUCGUGGAUUUUGGAAUGACACAGGGUUUUUUGGGUUUCAGGCGGAACAGAUAAAUAGUGGGAAUGGGCUUGCAGUUAGUGGGUCAAGCCUGGGUUUUGAUUCAAAUGACUUUGGGCAGCACGGCUCGCUGUUUGGGAUUACGCCAUCGGUAUCGGAUACGGUCGCGGACGGGUUUGAUUUGGGUUCAUCGUCUACCUUUUACCUUUAA